AUGGCUUGCCCACAUCUGGAGGCAGCCAAUCUUAGUCCUCCGAAUCCGUCCCAGUCGGUCUAUCGUGAAGACUGCACGCAGUGCUUCGAUUCUCUUGACGAUGCUGCUGGCCUCGAUGUUUGUCUCCAGUGCUUCAACGGCGGCUGCGCUGGUGAUCGCGCCCACAACCGCCUUCACAGCGUGCUCCGAUCCCACCCUAUUACUCUGAACAUCCGCCGAACCCGAAAAGCAGUCGUGCGCGAUGAGCCGCCGGCGAAAAUGUCCAAGUUGGCCAUCGCCGCAGAGACGGACGAAGACCGAUAUGAUACGGCUCUAAAGGCACAAUGCCUCGAGUGCAAUAUUGACCUUGACGUGGCAAAUCCUAAAUUAGCUCCUGUCAUUUCGGGCGUAAUGAAAGCAAAUACGUUCUCUCACAGCGAGGAGGUCAAGGCUUGGGAGCAGGAGCUCACGAGCUGCGAGCACGUUCUUCUGAUGCAGCAAACCGAAUCUCGGAAAAUUGAGCAAGGAGCUCUUGGCCAUUGCUAUGCGUGUGACCUAAGAGAGAACCUCUGGCUUUGCCUGGAGUGUGGCAAUCUCGGCUGCGGUAGGAAGCAAAUUGGUGGUGUCGAUGGCAAUUCCCACGCGCUGGCGCAUUCCAAUGAAUCCUCGCAUGGCGUUGCUGUCAAGUUGGGCUCAAUUACACCAGAGGGAACGGCUGAUAUAUACUGUUACAAGUGUGACGAGGAGCGCAUCGACGAAAAUUUGGGCCCGCACCUCGCGCAUUGGGGUAUCCUGCUUGCCGACAGAGAAAAGACUGAAAAAAGCUUGACCGAAAUGCAAAUAGAGCAAAACUUGCGCUGGGACUUCAGCAUGACGACCGAAGACGGCAAGGAACUUAAGCCUCUUUUUGGGCCUGGCCUGACUGGCCUAAAGAACCUGGGCAACAGCUGCUAUAUGGCGAGCAUAUUGCAAUGCCUCAUGGAUAUGCCCGCAUUUCGCGACCGCUACUACCGCCCCAGUGACGAUCUUCCCAUUGUCGACGAUCCGGCCAGUGAUCUCGAAACACAGCUGCGAAAGGUUGCCGACGGUCUUUGGUCUGGUCGCUACUCCAAGCCAGACCCUGCUUUGACAAACGAGAACGGCAUAGCACACCAAAAAGGCCUGGCCCCUGCCAUGCUCAAGCACUUGAUCGGAAGAGGCCAUGCUGAAUUCUCAACUAUGCGCCAACAAGAUUCAUUUGAGUUUCUUCAGCACAUUUUCAAGAUCAUCACAAGAUCCAAGCAUGACGAUGGCCGAAAAGAUCCUACAACGGCGUUCCGGUUCGUCUUGGAACAGAGACUGCAGUGUUUGUCUUGCAACAAGGUCAAGUAUAGCACCAACGAGCAGGAUGCCAUCUUCAUUGACGUCCCUCUUGAGAAACUGCCAGCUGUUGAGGGAGAGGUUGCUCAACCCGAUGCUUACAAGCCUGUAACGUUGAAGGAGUGUCUGGACAACUUCACGGGUGCUGAAAAGGUCGAGUUGACUUGCGCCGCAUGUGAAAGCAAGGAUGGCUUCACUAAGCAGUCUCUCUUCAAGACAUUUCCCGAAACCCUCGUUGUUAAUGCUAAAAAGAUGACAGUCGUCAAUUGGGUUCCGAUCAAAGUUGAUGUUCCUGUUAUUGUGCCUGACGAGUCUUUUCUUCUCGAUGAUUAUUUGGCAAAGGGACAGCAACCUGGCGAGGAACUCCUUCCGGACGAACCCGAGACGCAAGCGCCAUCUUUUGUGCCCGAUGAGGCUGCCCUUGCGCAACUUGAGGCCAUGGGCUUCCCUCGCAACCGUUGCGAAAAGGCACUUCACGCUACGGGCAAUUCCGAUGCCAAUGCGGCCAUGGAAUGGCUGUUUGGUCACAUGGAAGACCCUGAUAUUGAUGCACCACUCGUCAUCGAGGGACAAUCUGGUGGUGGCGCGUCAACGGCCGAUCCUGAAAAGAUUGAGAUGCUAGGCGCCAUGGGUUUCGCUGCUCCCCAGGCCAAGAAGGCACUCAAGGAAACGGGAGGAGAUAUGGAGCGUGCUGUGGAAUGGCUGUUCAGUCACCCCGAUGAUCAAGGAGAAUACGACGAUGAAGGCACAGGUGCAGAACCAAGUGCCCCUCAAGAACCUCCAGGCACAGCAACCUUGCCCGCACGCUUCCAGCUUCAGUCCAUUGCCUGUCACAAGGGAACCAGUAUUUAUGCUGGUCAUUACGUCGCGUUCCUCCGCAAGCCCAAUCCCGAGGAUGCCAGCGGUUCGACCUGGGUCUUGUUCAACGACGAAAAGGUGGUUGAGGCGUACGAGGUGGAGGAAAUGCGCAAAUUUGCAUACGUGUACUUUUUCUCGAGGUGCUAG